GCUAUGCUCAGUUAAGAUAAAAGGCGUAAGGUUUAGAUUGUUUUUUAAUUUACUUCCCUUAAAAAACAGGGAGAGAACUGGCUACUUGCCAGUGAAACUCAUCCACAGAAGUUUGAGCGAAAUGCUGAUGUAGCUACUCACUAGCUCUCUAGUGUGAAGCCAAAUGUUGUCGGUGUUUUGUCGUAGUUAGUUCCCAACAUCCGCAUUUCGUCUCAACUGUGUUUCACAACGCUGUUCUCGCGUCGUUUUGUGGUCAGGCAACAAUAUGCCAUUGUGUUCAGUAAGGGAAGGAACAGAUAUCACUAUUGACGCACGCAGGUAGUUCCGCUUUUCUUAAAAUUGACGGGGCCCCUUAAAUUCCAUGGGCUAUAUCUGAGAAGGAAUGUAGGGGCAUGACCCAGUACCGUCUCGGUGGACGGUCGGAACCAUUGUUAGGUUCGUGACCUGUAGCAUUGAAAGAAGAAAACGUGCACAGAAGAAGAAAAGCACAGUCUCCUGGGCUGGGACCCCUGCUUCUGGGGGCUGGGCCCAAACAUGGCUGCCGGGGAGAGCCAGCUACAGAGGAUUAUCAGAGAUCUGCAGGAGGCCGUGGCAGAACUGACCAGGGAAUACCAGGAGAGCGGGGAGCCAAUCACAGAUGACAGCCCCAGCCUACACAAGUUCUCCUACAAACUGGAGUACCUGCUACAGUUUGAUCAGAAAGAGAAGACAACAUUUCUGGGAGCACGAAAGGACUACUGGGAUUACUUCAGCGACUGCCUGGCCAAGAUCAAAGGAGCUAAUGACGGCAUCCGCUUCGUCAAGUCAAUCCCUGAGCUGAAGACGUCCCUGGGUAAGGGCAGGGCCUUCCUCCGGUACUCUCUUGUGCACCAGCGUCUGGCUGACACCCUGCAGCAGUGCCUCAUCAACCAGCGUGUCACCAGUGACUGGUACUUUGCUCGCAGUCCGCUCCUGAAGCCUCACCUGAGUGUGGACAUCAUCAGUCACCUGUACGAGCUGAACGAGGUGCAGUUUGAUGUAGCAUCCAGAGGCCAUGACCUGGACUCCGCCUGGCCCACCUUCGCCAGGAGAACUCUGGGGUCAGGCUCACCUGGUCACCUGUGGAAACCGCCAAGCCGAAGCUCCAGCAUCAACAGCCUGGCCAGCUCCUUCUCUCAGCAGGCUCAGGACUUCCUCUGCAGUCCGGACUUUGGGCUGCUGGACGAGUCGGGCGAGCAGGGCUGUGAGCCGGCGGGCGCCAACGUUAGCGGCGUUAGCGUCAGCGCGCAGGAGGCCCUGCGCUUGGAGCUGGACCAGGCUGAGCUGCGGCAUCGGGAGCUCCUGGCGCGCGUGCGGCAGGCCGGGGAGGAGGGGGCGGAGCUGCGGCAGGUGCUGGGCGAGCUGCAGGCUCAGCUGGACGCCUCGCUGGCCGCCCACGAGGCCCUGCGGCAGGACUCCGCCCACCAGCGCCGCCGGCUGGAGCAGGAGGCCGAGGCCCUGAAGGCGGAGUCCCGCGCCCGGGAGGCGGAGUCACGGCAGCUGCGGGCCCAGCUGGAGGGGGCGGAGCAACGGAGCGCCGAGCUCCUGUCCCGCCUCCAGGGCGAGCUCAGUGAGAAGGGCCAGCAGGCGGCCAGUCAUUUUGACUCGGCCCAGAAGAUGCACGAGCUGCUGGCCCAGCUGCAGGAGGCUCAGAUGGGGGCAGAGGAGCAGAGGGAGGAGGUCAGGAGGGCGGAGUCCGCCCUGCGGGAGAGCGAGGCCCGGCUGGAGGAGCUCUGUGCCUCCCUGUCCCAGCGGGAGGUGGAGCUGCAGGAGGCGCGGAGCUCGCUGGAGGCUCGCGAGCGGCAGGCAACGGAGGAGAAGGAGGCGCUGGAGAGCCGGGCCCGGGGCCUGGAGGAGGAGGUGGGAGCCAGGGAGGAGCAGGCUAAGAAGGUGGAGGAGUACAGGGAGCAGUGCGCCAGUCUGAUGGAGCUCAACGGCGGCCUGCUGCAGACCGCCAGACGCCAGGAGGAGGCGACGCUGGACCUGCGGGCAGCGGGCGCCGAGCGCGAGAGGAGGCUGGAGCAGGAGAACCGCGAGCUGCGGGAGGAGCAGGCCGCCGUGAAGGAGGCGCUGGCCUCCAUGCAGGCAGAGCUGCGCUCCAUCCGGGCCCAGAUCUCCGAGCUGGAGGGCAGCCUGGCCACCUCCCGCAGGAGAGAGGAGGACCUGCAGAAGGAGAAGGUGGAGUUGGAGAAGGAGAGGGUGGAGCGGGAGAAGGAGAAGGUGGUGUGGGAGAAGGAGACGGUGGAGCGGGAGAAGGAGAAGGUGGACCGGGAGAAGGAGAGGGAGGAGUGGGAGAAGGAGAGGGAGGAGCUGCAGAAGGAGAAGGCGGAGCUGCAGAAGGAGAAGGUGGAGUGGGAGAAGGAGAGGGAGGAGCUGCAGAAGGAGAAGGUGGAGUGGGAAAAGGAGAGGGAAGAGCUGCAGAAGGAGAAGGUGGAGUGGGAGAAGGAGAGGGCGGAGUGGGAGAAGGAGAGGGAGGAGCUGCAGAAGGAGGUGUGCGAGGCGGGCGUACGGCUCUCGGGGGCUGAGGCCCAGCUGGAGCUCCACCUUGGGGAGGUCUCCCGGCUGCAGGAGGAGGUGCAGGGGCUGCGGACAGGCCUCUGCAGGGCCGAGGAGGAGGAGGCGCGGGCCAGGAGCCGCCUGGAGGCCACAAAGGAGGAGAAGGAGGAGCUGAGGUCCCUGAGGGAGUCCCUGAAGGCGCAGCUGGAGCAGAUGAACCGGGGCCACGUGCAGGAGCUGCAGAGCAGCAGGGAGGAGGUGCAGGCGCUGCGGGCGGAGCUGCAGAGCAGCAGGGAGGAGGCGCAGGCGCUGAAGAGGCAGCAGGAGGCGCUGAGCGUGGAGCUGGACGACGCCCGGGAGGGACUGCACCGCGCCAACACCGAGACCGCCGAGCUGGGCGUGGCCCUCUGCGGCCUGACUGCGCGGAGCCAGGAGGCGCAGGGGGAGCUCGGGGAGGCGCGCAGGCAGCUGCAGGAGGCGCAGGGGGAGGCGCGGGACCUCCGGGGCCGGCUGGAGCAGGCCGAGGGCCGGGGGCGGAGCCUCCAGGAGUCCCACCGCGAGGAGGCGGAUGCCGUCAGGUUCCAGAUGAGCAGCGAGGCCAUGAGCUACCAGAACCAGAUCAAGAGUGCCAAUCAGGAGGUGGUGGCCGUACGGGCCCAGCUGACUGCAGAGCAGGAGAAAGGGCGCCACCUAGAGGCCCGGCUGUCUGAACUGGAGACUGUUAACAGGAAGAACUCUCAGCUGGUGGAAGAGAAGGACUCUGGGAUCUCAGAACGGGACGCUGUGAUUGGACAGAAGGACGAAGAACUGCAGAGCCUGAGAGAGAGCCUAGCCAGCGCCGGGGCAGACCUGCUCAUGGCUCUGGGACGCUGUGAGGAACUGAAGGGGGAGCUGGAGGUCACCGUAGCGGACAGAGAAAACCACAAACUCAAGAUGGCCGCUGAGAUGGACGACCUCUGCAGGACCAAGGGCAACCUGGAGGAGCGCCUUAUCGAGCUCAUCAGAGAUAAGGACGCUCUGUGGCAGAAGUCGGACGCGCUGGAGUUUGAGCAGAAGCUGCGGGCGGAGGAGCAGUGGUGGUUGGUGGACAAGGAGGCCACGCACUGCCUGAGCUGCCGGAGCCAGUUCACCUGGUUACUGCGGAGACACCACUGCAGGUUGUGCGGGCGCAUUUUCUGCUACUACUGCAGUAAUAACUUUGUGAUGACGAAGCAGAGCGGCAGGAAGGAGAGGUGCUGCCGGGACUGUUACUCUCAGCACAGCGCCGUGAGAGAGCGCCUCACGCAGGCCGAGCUGGGACUCACACCCCCGCCCGCCGGGACCGCGCCCGGCCCCGCCCCCUACACCCCCACGCCCAGCGUCACAGUGACGGACCCCGGCUCCAGGUCCGAGGAUGCGGUGUUCGACAUCAUCACGGAGGAGGAGGUGAACGGGGUUUACGACAGCGACUCUCUGUCCCACGGCACCGAGGAUUCCCCUGAGAGAGAGACAGGGACCAGCACAGAGCUGGGCUCGAGCGGGAGCAGGGCAGACCCCAGCCCUGAGGGCCCCAGCCCUGAGGACUCAGAGGAGCAGAUUCCAGCAGUGCAGGACGCUGAGAUACACCUGCUGAAGUCUGGAGAACUGGCGAGCAGCGUGCCACUCGCCGUGGAGGACAUGGCCCAGUUCGGGGACGGCUCCCGCGAGCUCCUCAUCAAGGCCAGCAGCUACAGCGUCAUCACCAUGGAGCUGCCCAAGGCCGGCCCCACCAUCAGCUGGCUGUUCUCCUCCGAGCCCAAGAGCGUCUCCUUCAGCGUGGUGUUCAGGGAGGGGCCACUCAGCCCCCUGGAACAGGCCAAGGUUCUCAUCCCCCUCACCCGCUGUGACUCCCACAGGGAGACAAUCCAGGGGCAGCUGAAAGCCCGGAACCCAGGCACCUACCUGCUCAUCUUCGACAACUCCUUCUCCAGGUUCAUCUCAAAGAAGGUUCUGUAUCACCUGACAAUCGAGAAGCCAAUUAUCUACGACGGAAGUGACUGUCUGUAGACGGAAGGGCUGGAUUUAGCAGCUCUCUCUGUUCGGAUGUGUAUUAACCCCCUCAUGGGCCCUCCACGGUCAGGGCUGUUACCAGUGCAGGAUAUUUGCUUGUUAAAAUCCAUGACUGCUGCCGAAUACAUGCUAAUGGGUUAUCUCCUCCUGAUGGAUAUACACGCGUGACUUUACCUCACAGAUAUCCUGCUUUUGUAAUGUCCGUUACCAUGCAGAUGCCCCUCCAGGUCUUCUUUUUCUAUGUAAGGUUGUUUCUUUGAAAAAAAACGUGUGUCAUACCAUUGGAGAAAAGCUUUUAGCAUGUGUUAGACGCCAGCUGUAAAGUGCAUUUUUGUUCAUGAAAUACUGCCGUUAGCUUUGAUUUACGACCUAGCAUUAAAGAAACAAACAGCAAAGGUGCACAAGAAGAAUAGCGGGAUAGCGCGAGGUGUGUUUGGGUGAUUUAGUAGACGUAGAAUCGUUCGCGGUGUGUUUGGGAGAUUAAUGUGAUGUAGAUGUAAAAAAACAGGGUGGUAAAUGCAAGCUGGAGCUUUAUGAUUGGUACCCAAAUGCCAUAUAAAAACAGGUUUAUUGUGAAUUAUGCACUACAAAAAAAAAAAACUAAGAAACGCAAACUAUGCAAUCUUUUAUAUAUUAGAAGGUUCUAAUAUCUUUUAUUAUAUUAGAAGAGUGGUAAAUGACUUAAAUCGCUCACUGUCCUCACAACAGGUGCGUCGUAGCAUAGCAACGACGCCUGCCACUGUCUCGGAGACGCAGUUGGUGAUCGCAGCGCACUGCUUCCGUAACGCGGGCGCGGUUACGGGACCCGAGCGGCUCUGGUGUGACGUGCUGCAGCUACACUGCACUGACCCCCUGAUCUUCAGGCCAAGUAAAAAAAGAGGCAAAAUCUUUCAUUUUAAAUCUUUUAACAUGAAUUUUGCUCAUGCAUUUAUUCAUUUUUAAGACUGGAACCUUGAAGGCUGAAUUCAGUGCCUGUGGCCCAGGCAGCGAUCCACGCAGAGGUCUGGGGUCCGUUUCAUCGGCCGUAACUCACCAUGCACAUUCUCGCCCGGAGCUCUCUAUGCACACCAUCGGUAUUUUUAAAGAAUCCACCGGACGCACUAAACUUUGUUUUAGGUUUUUAAAAGUUUAUACAUUUAGUUUUUAAGAUUUCUUUGACGUUUUAAUAAUGUAAGGUUUUGUGUUUUGUUGUAUUCAUUACUCUUUGUGCCAGAUGUUUUAACUCCAAGUAGGCUGAUGUAAGCCUUGCUUUUUCCUUCAGUGACACUAUUCUCCAGCAAUGUGGAGGAAGACAAAACCUCAGCAAAUUCUGACACUACCUUUUUAUAUAUUAUCAAACAUUACUUUCCAGUAUUUACACACUAAAACAUAUUUGGAUGCUGCUUUUUUUGGGGGGGGGGAAUAAUUCUAUAUUUAUAAAAUACUUUUGUAUUUUGUAUUUUAUAAAAUCCAUACAUUGUUGCAUUUGUAAUAAAAACAUAUUUUCAAGAGAAUUAUUCAUGCAAAACUGAUAUAAAAAUGUUUGAGAAAAAAAUUCUAAGAGUUUUAAUUUCAAUUUAAAGGAAUUUGGCAAGGUCGGCCUGGAAUGACUGAAUGUAAAUACGCGUUUGCUGAUUUGUAUUCAUUAGAUGUUUUAAUGGUUAUACACUCAGUGAGCCCUUUAUUAGGAACACCUGUACACCUGCUUAUUCAUGCGAUUAUCUAAUCAGCCAAUUGUGUGGCAGCAGUGCAAUGCAUUAAAUCAUGCAGAUACAGGUCAGGAGCUUCAGUUAAUCAACCAUCAGAAUGGGGAAGAAAUGUGAUCUCAGUGACUUUGACCAUGAAAUGAUUGUUGGUGCCAGACAGGGUGGUUUGAGUGCUUCAGAAACUGCUGAUUUCCUGGGAUUUCCAUACACAACAGUCUCUAGAGUUUGCAGUGAAUGGUGCAAAAAACAAAAACAUCCAGUGAGCAGCAGUUCUGUGGGCAGAAAGGCCUUGUUAAUGAGAGAUGUCAGAGGAGAAGGGCCAGACUGGUCAAAGCUGACAGGAAGGUGACAGUAACGCAAAUAACCAUGCAUUACAACAGUGGUGUGCAGAAGAGCGUCUAAGUGCAUAGGCUCCAGCAGCAGAAGACUUAAUAAGUCAAAAAAAUAAGUAAUAAGUACCUAAUAAAGUGCUCACUGAGUGUAUAUUGUAUGGUAAUUAUAAACAUGUAACUUAAGCCAUGACGUAAAAUGUGAAAGCUUUGAUUUUGGAAUAAACGGUAUUGAUAGUG